UCAUUUUUCAAAAUUUUUCAUUUCUUUUAGUUUGUUGAUAAUCCUUCUCAUGGCUAGAGGGAAGGUGAAACUAGCAUAUAUAAUGAAUAACUCAACUAGGAGGGCAACAUUCAGAAAAAGGAAAAGUGGUAUUCUAAAGAAGAUCAAUGAACUCAGCACCCUUUGCGGGAUAGAUGCAUGCGCAAUCAUCUAUGGAGAAAACUAUCCUCAAGCAGAAGUCUGGCCAUCUAGGCUUGGAGUAAGAAGUGUAUUGUACAGGUUCAUGAGAUUGCCUGAACUUGAACGAAGCAGAAAGAUGGUAGAUUUAGAAGGCUUCUUGUCAGAGAGCAUUAUGAAAGCUCAAGAUCUGUUGAAAAAACAAAUCGAGGAAAACCAAAAGAAGGAAAUGACUUAUCUUAUUAGUCAAUUUUUGCAUACCGGUGAAUAUGGCAUGGAAAAUAUGAGCUCGACUAAGGUUACUAGCCUAGCAGCCUUUAUUGACAAGAGUCUGAAGGAAGUUGAGCAGAGAUUGGAUUCAAUGGAUGUCCAUGACGAGGAGGUUGCAAAUGGUGCUAGAGCUGUUAACGAAGGAGAUAUGCUGGCUAAUAUGGAUCAUGCUACUAUCCAAGGUUUGGAGACGAGCAUUAAUUAUGGUAUGCAUAGUGAUGAUCGAUUUUCUAUCAACUUCUCUGAGCCACCAUUUAACGAGGUUAAUUUCAACCCAAAUGGAUUUUGAUUUAUCUAGUCAAGAAUUCCAUUUAAACUAUGGGUUUUUUGGUUAUGUUUCUAAGUUGCGUCUCUCAUGCUUCAAUUUGCUCAGUUUAUUGUCUUGGAAAUUUUGUGUGCUUACAUUUGGUCUUAACGCAUAUUUUUUUUAACAUUUAGACUUGUUUCUUUAUAUGUAAUAUUUUGCUUUUACAAUGGUAUUCACCAACAAAAUU